UUUUAGCAAGAGGGAUUUAUUAGCUUGUAUUAGAUCUAAGGAAAAAGAGAGAAAAUACAACGCCAGAAAUAGUACUGCAAAACCCCAAGAACAGGAAAUCAAAUUGAUUUGGAAAAAAUUGAAAUCCAAGCAGAGGGAGAGAUCCAUUCUUGAAAGUUGAAAAUCACCAAUCCAUUUCCAUGGCCACCGCCGGCAAAAAGAGAGGAAGGAAAAAGAAGAAGAAGAAUGUAAUGAUGACCAAAAAGAUGAACAAACUAACAAAGAAAUUCAAAGCCACCCUUCAACUCCGCCACCAACACUGCACCAAACUCAUUCCUCAGCUCAUCUCCGCCAUCUCCUCCGCCCACUCUUUCCUCCUCCGCCAUGACCUCAGCCUGCUACCCCACCAAUCCCUUUCCCUCGAAUCCCUCAUCUCCUCCACCUCUACCUCCAUUUCCACCAUCUUCUCACUCCUCAACCUCCCCCCUCCUCCCCCACCACCCUCACGCGCCACCCUAGCUUCUCCACCAACCGACCCAACUUCGCCACGCGCCGCCGAGUGCUGGUUCCAGCGAUUUCUGGAAGCUGAUUCGGACACCCUUUGGCCUGAAAAUUUCAAUAUCACGAAGCCCUCUUUCACUCUCCUACUCCGCCUUCUCACGCCUUCUCUUUCUUCACUCUCUGUUCCUCCCAAUUACGCACUUGCUGCUGCCCUCUUUCGCCUUGCUCAUGGUGCUUCCUUUUCAGCUAUUUCCCGCCGAUUUGGUAUUGAUUCCCCCACCGCGUGUCGGGUUUUUUAUACUGUGUGCAAAGCUAUCAAUGAGAAUCUUGGGCACUUGUUUGAGCUAAAGAGUGAUAUCAAUAGGGUCAUUGUGGGUUUUGGUUGGAUUUCUUUGCCUAAUUGCUGUGGUGUUUUGGGGUGUGAAAAGUUUGAAUUUUGUAGUGAUUUAAUGGAUAAAAAUGGGUUCUUGAUUGUUCAAGCUUUGGUAGAUUCUGAAGGUAGAUUCUUAGAUGUUUCAGCUGGGUGGCCUGGUACUAUGAGGCCUGAAAAUGUUUUAAGAAAAUCUAAGCUUUAUUUGGGUGUUGAGGAAUCAAAGGAGUACUUAAAUGGUCCAUCUUUUGAGCUAAAUGAUGAGAAUUCAAUACCUCAGUACAUUCUUGGUGAUUCUUGUUUCCCACUUUUACCAUGGUUGUUAACGCCUUACAGCGGAUCAAACGAGGAAGAGGAGACGAGUUCUGAGGAAACGGCGUUUAAUUUGGUGCAUAGUAAAGGAAUGCAGUUGGUGGGGACAGCUUUUGGGAGAGUGAGGGCAAAGUGGAAGAUUUUGGCUAAGAAAUGGAAUGAGCAAUGUGUUGAGGCAUUUCCAUUUGUGAUUGUGACAUGCUGUUUGCUACACAAUUUUCUUAUCAAGUGUAGUGAAGCAGUGACAGAUGAAACCGUGGAGUACCCGAGGAGUGAAGAGUUUCCAGUGUUUGACGGAGAGAUUGAUGAAAGUGGGAAGAAGAUUAGAGAUGCGCUUGCCUCACACCUAUUUAGGGUAAGUCAGAGGGAAUAAUAUCUGGCUUUAUGUUGGUAUUCUGCUUAUAAUCUUAUAGUCGUAUGUAUAUAUUAUUAGGGAGUUAAGCUGGCCUGGAUAGAAAUUUCGUAGCCUUUUGCCUAGUUUUGACAUCUCCGUUCUCCUUGGUUUCAUGUAGAAUCAUAUGGAAUUUUUAAAGUAUCAUUUAGCGGCUGAUUCAGUAUUUGAA